GUGUUAUAUAUGUUUUCCACGUCUUUACAGUUCUACCGUAUUGUAUGCACCGUUUCAUACAUUGCGUCGGCCAUUUUGUACUACGUUCUGCUUAGAAAUCUGAGUAGUCGGUGCUACGGCCGAGGCGCGUAUGUCAAAUGUUCCAUCAGUCCACACUGUUAUUGGAUAGCUGUUCGCAUUGUCUUAGCUGUUUAUUUCGUGGUCAUUCCAUUCCAGCCGUCAACUUUCAAGCAGCCAUGGGAGAGUAAAUUACAAAUUGGAGAAAUUUAUUGGCGUCCAAGAGUUGCAGGGUCGACGGUGAAUUCAUAUAACGUUUAUGUUCGGCUGUGGAUGUAUUAAAAAAAACCUUUUAAUCUGAUCAAAAUGAAGCCUACAAUGUCAGCUAAAGAAAAAGAAGUAGCAGAAGAGUAUUCCAAUGCCUUAGACGACCUCAACAUUAAUAGCAAGCCUUUGAUUAACAUGUUGACGAUGCUUGCUGAUGAGAAUUCUGCUUUUGCGCCAAUCAUUGUACAGUGUAUUGAAAGACAACUGCAUAAGGUGCAAGCAGACAGCAAGUUACCGGUGCUUUACUUAAUCGACUCAAUUAUCAAAAACAUUGGACAACCAUAUAUUCCACUUUUCGUUAAAAAUAUUGAGAAAAUUUUUGCUAGUACUUUUAUUCAAGUAAAUGAAAAAACUAGAGCAAAUAUGUUUAAAUUACGUUCAACUUGGUGUGAUGUUAUAUCACCCUCAAAACUCCAUGCCCUUGAUAUAGCAAUUCAUGCAAUUGACAAAAACUGGCCUAUUAGUGCUGCUCCACCAAACAAUAUUCAUGUUAAUCCUAAAUUUCUCAAUAACGUCAACAAUUCUGAGACCCCAAAACCUAUUUCACAUCCUACUUUACCUAUUGAAGUAGACGAUGCUUCAUUGCGUGAAAAGUUUAUCAAGAAACAAAAGGAAUUGCUUGAACUUCAGCAAAAAAAAAUUGAACUGGAAUUAUUACACACCAAAAAUCAAAUUGAAAUGCAAAAGAAAAAAACAUUGAAUAAGAUCAACUUAUCCAAAAAUUCUUUUAACACCCCUGGUACCUCUUCAUCCAAUACAAAUGUUCCAUCUUCAACAAAAGAACUUUAUUCUAAAAUACAUGUAUUGUCUGAUAAUCCUCGAAGAAUAGUUAAAGAUCCAUUGAAAAAUGUUGAUGUGCCGGUUAUCUAUCCAGAAACAGCAGUCGCAUUACCCUUAAAACCUACUGUUCCGUCUUCCAAAAAAUGUCAAUCAACAUCUCUACCUACUGUACAUCAAUCAUUUAAAAAUACUCCUCAACCAUUUGUAUCACCACAGCAACAUACACAAACGGUUUCUAAUCAAUUCUUGAAUGUAACUCAGCAAAUUCCUAAAAUCAGCCCAGUUAGUACACAGUUAUUACAAACUCUAAAUCGUGAUCCUCGUUUAAGAAAAGUGGAAAAUGCCAAGCCAUCACUUUUACUUAAUGAAGAUGUAAAACAGUCAGUUCAAAAAAAUAAAGAUGAAAAAAAAUUUGAUAAAUCUAAAAGAGAUGGUAGUAAGCAUCGUGAUUCCAAAAGAAAAGAAAGAAGUUCUAGCUGUUCACCAUCUAAGAAAGAACCUUCAAAAAAAUCUCAUAAAAAAAUUGACCGCAAGGAAAGAAGUCCAAGAGAUGAAAAAUAUCAUAAAAAAAAAGAUGAAAAGAAAAUUAAAGAAAAACCUGAAGUAAAAAAAAAAAAAGUACCAUCAAAUAUGAAAAUACCACAGGCUGAGAUUGUAGCAUUAAACCAUGAAAAUCCUUUACAAGAUGAUAAGUAUUUGAUCAAGGAUGAUUCUAGAAGUGAUAAUCUUGAUAUAGAUCAUCAUAUUGAAGCUGUUGAUACAACUGUUCCUGAAGAAAAAAAUGUGGUCACUGAAGAAGUUAAUGAUGUUAAAAUCAUUAAUUCUGCCAUAAUAACUUCUGAACUUCCUAAAACAGAUUCACCUCUAGAGGAUUCUGAUUCAUUAAAACGCCUUCAUAUGUAUAUGCAAACAAUGAAGAAAUCUCCUGAACCAUCAACUGCAUCAUCUUUAGAAAUGAAGAAUGACUUAGACAUCCGUGCAGUAAAACCUAACCAAAGUAUUCUUGCAGACACAAUAAUCACACAACAAAAUGACAUUGACCUAAGAGUUAUAACCUCGCCUGUGAAGAGGACCUCAGAUUCAAUCAAAGCAGAUGAUACUGAACCUGCUGCAAAAAAAAGCAAAUCUGAAAUCAUUGAUGAACUUUUUGGGGCAGAAGAUGUAGAUUUGCGUACAUUAACUGCUCCUCCUAUUGUACCUACGCCCCCUCCUCCACCACAAAUAUCAGAAAAUCAAAAUCUUGAUGUUGGAAAAUCUUGGGCAAAGUACAAAGAAAUAAAACCAGAUACAUUUAAAACGCCUUAUAAAUCUCCAACAAAAAAAAUUCCAAGUGAAUUAAAAGAAACAUUAGUAGAUAAUGAUACAAUGGAUGUAGAUAUGAGAGCUAAACCGACCCAAAACAACAAAAGUCAUAUUCUAAGACAGGCCGAAGAAGCUCUAAAUGCAGGAAGUAUAUCUUUUGAUGAAUACAAAAAAAUCAUGUGCCAAGUAAUUGAAAUGACCGAAGUGGAAAAAUUAGAAGAAGCAAAUAUUAUUGAGGAUGGGAAUACUAAGUUAAAGGAAUAUACUAAUCCAAAAAUAACUCAGACAGUUAAUGGAAAUGAAACUGAUUCACAAUCUAACUUGGAAGCAGUUGUUAAUGUUGAAAACCCUCUAGUUUCUGAUAACUUUCCAGGUCCUGGCCCUUGGAACAUUAAUAAAAAACCAAGUGAUAUCAGUGGAAGUGAUAGUGAUAGUUCUUCAAAAAGUGGUUCUACUGGUUCAGAAGAAACAAAACUAAAUAAUAAGAAAACAGAUUCCGAAGAACGAUCUAUGUUUAAAAGACGUAGAACUUUUAAACGCCACGAAAAAGAAAAUUCUAAAAUUCGGGGUUGGAGAAAUAACAAAAGUUGGAAUUCAAGAUUAGAAAAUGGAUCAAGAUUUUCUCAAAAUAGAGGUGAACAAUGGUCUAGAGGAACUCGUCCAAAUUAUUCGCAUUCAACAAGAUCUCUUGUCCCACCACCUAUGUAUGAGGUGCCAAGACCUACUGCUCCUUUUGCAUCAUCGUCACCAGAUUGGACUGUACCUGUUAUUCCUCCUUCAGAUCCUGUAAUAUUAGAAAUGAUUGCACGUGAUGCUACACAAACAAUUAAUAUUGAUGGUGUAUCAAGAGAAGUUCGAUUUUAUGGUCCUACUGCAAUAACUUUUCAAGCCUGGGAUGAUCCGAGAGAGAUAUACUUUCAAGGGCCUCCUAAAAAUGUUAUAUUUGAUACUUUUUUUUCAGUCUUAUGUCAUUUCAAUUCUCCUGAUAGAGAAUUUUUAUUAGAUGGUCAACCCCAUAGAGUACGUUUAGGUGCUCCUACUCGGGAACUAUAUUUAGAUGGACAAUUCUAUGAAUGUUUUUUUGGUGGUUCCCCUAUUUUUACUGAUCUUGGUGGUGUCAAAAGGUCUGUUAAAUUAGAAGGUCCUCCACCUUCAGUAAAUAUAGGUACCACCAAGCGACAAGAUUUAGUUGCUGGUCGUAUUGCUAUUACAAUUGAUAACACUUACUCAAUACCUGUCUAUUUGGAUGCAAAGCCACAACGUAUUGAUGUUGGUAACACGGCCCUUAUACUUCGUUUUAUUGAUGGAUUAAUGAGAGCAAUGAUUAAUGAUCAACCAUUUAAAGUUAAUUAUAAUGGACCACCACAAGCCAUUAUAGUAAGAGGCAAUAAACAUUAUUUAAGAUUUACGGGAUUACCUUCAAAUAUUCGACCUGGUUAUGCUGCUAUUUCUCAAAUGAUGGGUGUUGUAUUAACUGAUGAUACAACUACCGAAUCCUUACCACCAAUAUCUGCUCCCCCUAUACCUCCUCCUUUUGCUGGAUUUGACAUGACAACAUUAACGUCAAUUGAAGAUAACAGUCAAUCUCCUGUUCAAUCAUUUUCUUCUGCCUACUCUUUGGCUCCAACCACUACAAUACCUCUGUUGCCUAAUACACCAAAAUUAGAACCUAUCACAAAUUCUUAUAUACCACCAAUAGCUCCUACUCCAGCAGUACCUCCGGUACCUCCAGUUUUACCGAGUAAUAUGGAUAUCAAUGAGUUGUUUAAGAAGUUAGUGGACAGUGGAAUUGUACCAAAAGAUAAACCAAAAGAAAUUAUUCAACCAAAAAUAAAAAAAAAAGAGAAGGAACCAGACAGUUUGACUGUGAAACCUGUAGAUUUUUCAGAUCCUUCGUCAUUAAAACAAAAACAACCAGGAUUAAUUCACAACUUAUACACUGGAAUUCAGUGUAGUUCAUGCGGUAUUCGAUUUACUGCAGAGUUUACUAUUAAAUAUAGUAGUCAUUUAGAUUGGCAUUUUCGACAAAAUAGGCGAGAAAAAAUGGCCAGCAAAACUGUUCAGUCUAGAAAAUGGUUUUAUGAUACUAGUGACUGGUGUAAAUAUGAAGAACAAGAAGAUGAGGCUACCAGAGCUGCCAGCUGGUUCGAUUUACAAGCAGAACAAGGAACUAAAGAUGAUGAACAAGUUGAAGAAGAGAAUGUUCCCUGUGUCCCAGCGGGUGAAAAUAGUGAACUGGCUGCCUGUUAUUUAUGUCAUGAUCAAUUUGAACAAUUUUAUAAUGAAAAAGAUGAAGAGUGGCAGUUAAAGAAUUGUAUUGAAAAGGAUAAACAUCUUUAUCAUCCAUUAUGCUUUGAUGAUAUGAUUAAAUCUCGAGAAGAAAAACUUCGGAAGAGAAAUGAAGCUAUAGAGGAAGCUAAACGAUUGGAAAGUCAAAAAAUAGAAGCUAAAGAAGAAUUUCAACUCUCUGAGGAUAUAAAAAUGAAAGAAGAAAUAGAACAGAAAUGUGAACAAGAAAUAUUAACAGAAAAAGAAGAAUUGAUAAAUAAAGAAAUAAUUAUCAAAAAAGAAGAAAAUACAGAAAACAAAGUAAUUACAGAAACAGAAAUAUGUACAGAAAAAGAUUUAAAUAUAAAAAAAGAAGAAAUAAUAGCUGAAGAAGAAAUAAUAACUGAAAAAGAAAAUGAAGAACAAAUUACCAGUGAAAAUUUUCUUGAAAACCUAAAAUCAAUUUCUGAAGAAACUUUGAACGAAGAGAAUGUAGACAUAAAUAUGGAAAAAAAUGAUUUGGAGAUUCCUGAUACCAUGGAAAUCAUUCAAGUGUCUGAAGUUUUAUCACCUAAACUAAUUGAUGAACCUGUUAUUGAAGAAAAUAAUCUUUCAUCUCCACCUAUUACUCAAGAGAUUGUACCUGAAGAAAUUAAACCUAGAUCUCCAUCACCUGUUUCUACAAUAACAUGUUCAAUUGAUGGAAAUAAUGACACUGAAUGGAAUGUUCCAGUAGCCCCUGCAAUGGGAACAAUUAAAAUAAAUAUAAGUCAAAAAAAUACACCUGUUAAUAAACCAAUCAUUCAUAAUGAAGACUCGUCCACAGAACCACAGUCACCUCCAGAUUUUACCCAGACGUUUGGUGAGAUUGACCCUGAUCAACCACCACCGCCUGGUCUUGAAAUGGAAACUGUAGUGGCUCCUAAAAUUCAAAGAGAAAUGAAACCAAGACUAAUGCACAACAGCAAAAAACUUAAAGAUUAUCCAAUGGUUAACAGAGGUAAAGAAAUGUCUGGCUUGUGUUCAAUUAUGUAAAAAAUAAAAUAGUCUUUUUAAAGAAAAAAACUUUUUUAAACUGUGUAAAUAAAUAUGUUAAAA